CCUGCAGGGACGAAUACUCCAGACUCCAGGGAAUAUAAAUAGCUCAAAAGUUGCAUAAAUAUUUCCAGUUGAAUCAAACAAUUCAGUAGCACAUAAACCUUUCACUACGAAACCCUAAUUUUCUUCAUCCGACUAACAACAAUGGAGUUAAACCAGCAGCACAAUCAUAUGCCUUCUUCCAUGUACACUUACUUCUCCGAUCAGGCUGUAAAAGUGCGAUUAUUGAAUAGAACAGGUAUGAACAGAGUGGAUAGCAGAGAGGAGAUUCAGAUUGAACUUGAAAAGGAGAGGAUACGGGAGCAGAUAGUGGCGAAGGAAAUAGUGCGUUUGGGGGAGAAAGUGAGGAGAGAAAUGAUGAUGGAUAAUGGCUGGGGAUUUCCAUCGCGUGGUCCACCGGUGUCGUUUGAGGAGAACUACGGACGUCACAAUCAAGAAAUUGCGGUCCAGCGGCUUCCUUGGUUACCACAAAUGAAUCUUACUGAUAUGGGAAGGCUGAAUGGUUCAGCAAAUUGGAAUGAAAAUGGGUCAUGGGUCCAUGGAGAAUCACAAAGGUUCUCUCAGUGGGGAUGAUGAGGAAGAUUAGCAACAAGAAUAUGUAAACUUCAUGUUGUUUGGUGAUAUUCAUCCCUAAGCCCGAUCAUCCAAUUCGCUCCAACAGACAGGCAUGGUUCUGUAGUCAAAGCAACUUCGUCACUUAAUGUGAUAUCUUGUGUUUGAUUAUGUAUGUUGCCUUUAAUACACGUCUACUUAUAUUUGUUGCCUUUGAUAUGCGUCUA